UGCUGCCUGCGUUCCUCUCCAAGGAUGAUAAGGCGCAUGGAUGCACUCGUCCCAGACCUCGUCCCAGAAAUGUGAUAAUACUAACUUCAUUUUCUCCAACGACCUAUAAUCUGAUCUCCGUCUGCGUUUUUUCCCUCUCCCCCGUUUGUGUUUGUGCGCGUGUGUGUGUGGAUUGUGUUCAUCUUUAACCUGCCAUCACUGUAGCCCCCCGCGUUGCGUUGGCGCUGCGGAAUAGCCUACAAGAACAAGAGCCAGCUCACAGCCGUGGAAACAAGCGGAUCAAUUUAGGGAAGAGAAAAGGAGAGAUAGACAGCGAGGUUUGGAAAACUGGCAAUCUGAAGAAGGGACAAGUAGAGAGAAAACAUCGACCAUACGCCGCUGAAACAUUAAGUGAGAAGCAACAGCCUCCACAGAGACAACACUUUGAAGAGCAUACCGUGCCCACAAUUUGCUUUCUAUUCUAGAAAUUGUCAUGGGAACAAAAGAUACAGAAUUCCCUAAAAUGACUUGUUGAAAAGGAAAAGGUGUUUGAUAUUCUAAGAAGUAUGAGCAAAGUAAAAUAAGAAUCUAUUAAUGAUAAAUAGUCUUAAAUAUAUAUCAUAACACUUUUCCCUCUCCCUAUUUUUAAAGUGAUUGCUUGAAGGAGAGAAAAACAACAACAGAAUAGCAGCUUAAGAUAUGAACAUAAAGAUAAGCACUUAAGGUCUCCUGUUUGGAGGUGACUUAUCAACUUCAUAGCAAUAGGGGCGGGUCAUGACUCAGUUGCCAUGCGUGUUGUCAUGGUGACCAGCCCCUGUUCCCCUUCCCCCCUCCUCUGGUUGGUCCAGAUUCUGUUGUGGUUUCACAACCAUGGACCCCAGCUGACAGAGGCAGGACCCGCCUGCCCCAACCCUUGUACGUGCUCCAAUCAGGCGAGCCGUGUCAUCUGUACCAGGAAGAGUUUAGAGCAAGUCCCGGAAAGUAUUUCAGAGAACACAAGAUACCUCAAUCUACAAGAGAACACUAUUCAGGUGAUCAAGUCUGACACGUUUAAGCACCUGCGGCAUCUGGAAAUCCUCCAGCUUUCGAAGAACCACAUCCGGCAGAUUGAGGUGGGAGCUUUCAAUGGCCUUCCCAACCUCAACACGCUGGAGCUUUUUGACAACCGUCUCACAGUGGUACCGUCACAAGCCUUUGAGUACCUCAGCAAGCUAAGGGAAUUAUGGCUACGGAACAACCCCAUCGAGACACUGCCGGCCUUUGCCUUUCACCGUGUUCCCUCUUUACGCCGUCUCGAUCUAGGGGAACUCAGGAAACUGGAUUUCAUCUCGGAGGCGGCCUUCGAAGGUCUGGUCAACUUGCGCUUCUUGAAUCUUGGCAUGUGCGGCUUGAAGGAUAUCCCUAACCUCACUCCACUAGUGCGACUGGAGGAGUUGGAGCUGUCAGGGAACCAGCUGGGGAUAGUCAGGCCUGGAUCCUUCCAGGGCCUGGUGUCACUUCGCAAGCUGUGGCUUAUGCACUCCAGAGUGUCAGUCAUUGAACGCAAUGCCUUUGAUGACCUCAAAAACUUGGAGGAGCUCAACCUCUCCCACAAUUCCCUCCAUUCCCUGCCCCAUGACCUCUUCACCCCUUUGCACCAGUUGGAGAGGGUACAUCUCAACCACAACCCUUGGGUGUGCAACUGCGAUGUUCUGUGGCUCAGCUGGUGGCUGAAAGAGACUGUUCCCAGCAACACCACCUGUUGUGCUCGAUGCCAUGCACCCCCAGGUAUAAAAGGCAAAUACAUUGGGGAACUAGACCAGAGCCACUUCACCUGCUAUGCCCCAGUGAUUGUCGAGCCACCCACUGAUCUUAAUGUCACAGAGGGCAUGGCUGCUGAGCUGAAAUGUCGUACAGGAACCUCGAUGACCUCUGUGAAUUGGUUCACUCCAAAUGGCACCCUGAUGACCCACGGAUCGUACCGAGUGAGGAUCUCAGUGCUUCAUGACGGAACACUGAACUUCACCAACGUGACCGUGCAAGACACGGGGCAGUACACUUGCAUGGUGACCAACUCCGCCGGAAACACCACUGCAACCGCUGUGCUCAACGUGUCUGCUUCAGACCCCAGCAACGCCUACAGCUAUUUCACCACUGUCACCGUGGAAACAGUAGAUACAGUGAGAGAUCGAGAGGAGAACUCGGCAAGACAGGAUGUUAAUAUGACCUUCAUAGAAUUUCCUAAUCCUACGGGCCGAAGAGGGGUGUUAGAGGGCCGACCAGGAAUCACUAUACCGCCUUCUCUCUCCUCUCUUUCCUCACUGUCCCCACGAGCCAACAAAGGUCCUGAUAAUACUGUGACUGUGUCAAUAAUGGAUGUAACUAAUAUUCCAGGCUUGGAUGAUGUAAUGAAAACAACUAAGAUCAUCAUUGGUUGUUUCGUCGCAAUUACCUUUAUGGCAGCUGUAAUGUUGGUGGUCUUCUACAAACUCCGGAAGCAGCACCAGCUACACAAGCACCAUGGCCCCGCAAGAGCCAUAGAGAUUGUCAAUGUAGAAGAUGAGAUCGGAGCUGGGGCCGGGAGCGGCAUCUCAGGGGGUUCAACGAUGAAUUCUGGCAGCGGAGAAGGAACCCUAAGGAUACACCAUCAUCCUGAAAUAGUCAACCUCCCCAACAUUGGCCGUAGUGAUACUCUCAACCAUUACUACAAGACCCAUCAUUUCAACAACAACGUGAUGGGUCUCAGCAUUGGCUCCGACGGGAUGGGACAAGGAAUGAUGAUCAAUAGCAAGAACCAGCAAAUGCACGAUAUCCCCAUCUCCUGUACCUCAGUCCCAAUCUCUACCGCUAAUAUGCUCAGCUCAUCAGGAAAUGGCAACAACAUGAACCCUUGUUCUAUGUCUCCACCGCUGCCGAUGUCUCUCCCCAUGCCUACCAUGGGCUUACAUGGAUCGAUCAAGGGUUUCAUGGGCCAACACCAGAAUCCCCAAAUGGAGCCUCUCCUCUUCAAGGGGAACUCAAAGGAAAAUGUCCAAGAGACUCAGAUCUAAAAACAAAAGCGAGAGUUUAGAGAGAGAGUGAGCAAGACUGGGAGACAGAGAGGGGAUUGAUGUUGGGUUUAUUGCGCGGGAUGAUUAGACACUAGAGUGCAUUGACAUUACACCAGGAGAAAGGAUAGACUGACACGGCAAUACACCAACACAUAGACUUACCCGUGACAGUCUACUGAGCCAAGGAUUACCACAAUGGGCCACUUGUGUUUGUGGUAACGAUCAUGGCCAUGGAGAUCAAGGAAUGGACAUUGCUACAAUGUAAAUCUGUGCCAAAGCAAAUGUUUUUUGCAGUUUCUACAAGCUGUGUUCUCAUAUAGGGAAAACUAGCCUUUCAGAGAAAUAACUCCCAAAACCAUUGAUGGCCAGCAGAGAUGAAAGACAUUCACAGCCCUUGCCACACUGAAGAUCGGAGAUAUUACAGAACAAAAUCCAAGAGACAUUUUUCUUCCACAUUUAACACAAACCACACUCUCUCUCAAGUGACUCAACAGACUCCCUCAAGGUGACAAUUAUGUAGGCAUAAAUAGAUGGACAAAAAGGUACAGUGCAGUACAAACUACUGUGAAAAAUCCACAAAUUAUAUAAAUAUAUUUUCAUUUAAAUAUGUAUCAUUGCAGACUCCGAUGCAGAGAUAUUUUGGGGUGGAUGUAUAAGCUGGUAUAGUUUGUUUCUUUGUGGAUAAUCAGGGGCGGUGAUAGCGAAGGUUGGUUAUGAUACAUGUGUUAAGUUUGGCUACUUCUCAGAAACAUAAGGGCUCAAUUGCAACACUCAUUGUGAAUCUUUGAAUUGGCUUUGUGACAUAAAGUCAAUUUAGGUUGUAGAACAGUAAUUGCAGAUCUCUGUUUGACAAACUUUUUCUGUUGCUUCAGUAAUAAUCAUUACAAACUUUUGUGUUCUGAGAGUGUAUUAUGUAUUUUGUAAAAGCCAGCUACUUGGUAUUUGAAUUGAACAUUCUGAUACUGAAAUGCCAGCAUCAAAUAAUGGUUAAAAUAAUGUUCCAUAAAACACACAGAAAGGUAUUUGCGAAGAUCUGUUGGGUAAAAUAAAGUGUUGACAAUGUGUUAUUUGAACCAGAUCAGUAGCCAGAUAUUUGCUUUUAGACAGGAAUUUGAUAUGACCUCCUUGCUCAUGGUUACCAUAAUCAUGCCAUAAAAUGCUGUCAUAAGAUUAGGAUGAUGAUUAGACAUCUAUCUGCAGCAGCAUUCAAGAAGGGAUUAAACAUCCAUCUUAUGAUGAUUGGAAUGAAUGGAAAUGUACAGUAUAUUAAUAAUAAUAAUGUCUGGUUGUAUGACAAUUGUAAGAUCCACAUUUUUACAGUGUAACUUUCAUAUGUUAAAUGCCAUUUACGCUUCUUGCGUUUCAACUAUGUAUUUCUUUAUUUUUGUUAGUUUGAUAUAAUGUGUACAGUUGUCUAGCCAUGUAUCAUUACGUGUGAAAUAAAUCAAUCAUAUAUUGGGUCGUGGCGAGUCAAUAUGGCAACCACACGAUGAGGAGUGAGACAUUAUGCAGGCCUAUGUGCUAAACCUGGAUUGAAUGUAUGGUUUGUGGUUUAGCCAUGAGUCAUCCUGGUAAUAAUAGGUGCCAUCUGCACUAUUAACACGUUCAGACAGGCUUUUAGUCACUCGCCUAUAGACAUUACUGGUUUUUCAAAAUGAGUGUCUUUAACAGAAUUAUAUGAUGACUUAUUCUUAAUGUAGGCUCUUUUGUCUGAAAUUAGAUCUCGGUAUUUAUUCUCCCAUGGUGAGUCUUUCAUGUUAGUUUGUAAAUUGAAAGAACAUUUAAGGAAAGAAGGCCAUUAAAUAGAUCAUUUUUGAUAUUUACUCAGCAGGAAUCUAAAAUGUUUGUUGCAAUUGAGCACAAACUGGACAAGUAAUUCCAGAUUAAUGUACCUGAGAUAGUAUUAUGAGCAAAAUCAUAUCAACAAGGUUUUCGACUGUAAUCCAGCUCUGUGUGUGAUCGUGCUGUUUUUUUUCUGUUGCACCCCUCCCUCAGACCUGCAUAUAUUUAUAUAUAUAAAUAUAAACGGCGAGCUGUUUUAUGUGAGUUAUGAUGGUAUUUCUUAUCAGCAUUGAGCCCACACUUAUUGGAGUAAAUGGAACACUGAGGAACCAUAAUAAUAGUGAUAAUAAUAGUGAUGAUAAUGUGACGGUAUCAGAGAAAACACUCCCAGAUUGCACAGAGGUUAAUCCAUGAAAGGAACAUCUUCUGCAUCAAUGCACAUCACGUUCACCCUGUUUAUUGCCAAGCAUUCAAGCCAUCCUUAAAAAAAAAGUAUAGUUAUACCUACAAUUAUAUAAUGCAAACUUGUCUAAAUUGCAGCCAUGUAUAUUCUACGUUUUUUAUUUGUGCUCGCGAAUCUCAUUUAAAAGCAUAGUAAAAGUCACUGUGUUGCAACCCACAGACAGAUCUUGUGGGCAGGGUUCAACUGUAGCCCCACUGAGACACAAAUGGAAUAUAAAUGAAGGCUAAAGACACAACAUACGGGCCGCUCCCUUGAUGUGCUACAUUUGGUGGCUCUGCUGUCAGAUUUCAAAGAGCAUACCAGAUACCUCCUUGUGUGCUUUGUGUGCGAGAGUGCUUUCCUGCAAGUUAUACGGUAGAAUUUUUUUUCUUACCUGACGCUUCUGUAUCAGUGUUUUAUUAAGAUGGUGACUCACAUUAUGAGCACAGAAAUGUUCCUUUCGUACCUCUGGACAUUCGCAACCUGCACAAUUAUCAUCAUUAUUAUUAACAUUUGGAGGAAAUGCAGAAUGGCUUUGUUUCAUCUUAGUAUAGUGGCUGCCAUUGUACAUACCGAUGCGAUUUAAAAGCAGGCUCAUUCUACAGCAGGAAUGUUAACACAUGUUUGAGACACAAGCUUCAGACUGGAUUCUGAAUAUGUGCAUAUUGGGCAACUGUACCUCACUGUAUUUUGUAGGCCUGUAUAGCGGUGAUUUGAUUCAGUUUGGCUACAGAUGGCGUAUUGGCAUAUGUGUAUCCUCGGCUCCAUUCUUUGCUUACAAUGGAUGCUUCAGGCCUGAUGACAUUUCUUGAUUUGUUUGAAGCAAAGCUCCUUAUUGAAAAGGAUUAUCAUAUCUGAGACACCAAAUUGCAGGACAAGAAAAUGGACUGACCUUUUGGUCCUUUAAAGGUAAGCUGUUCUGUUUGAUAAACAAUGUUAAAAAAAAUGAAUGAAAAAUAACCUGGGUCUGUUUUAAAAGCUUUUUUAAAAGAGAGAAAGAACUAUGUUAAGCUCUAGAAAAAAAAAUUCGAUUUCUUUAAUACAGAAUAACGAGAAAACGUAUGUCAUUUUGUGUUUGUUUGUUUUUUCCUCUUUCAUUUUCCGAAUUGUUGGUUGUAUCUCCAGUAUGUGGUAUUAUCAAUUUGGGUAUUGUCAUUAAAUGUAAUUUUUUUCACGCAUUCA